UAUUUUUUAUUUUUCUCGGACCUCUAUUGCUUUCGGUUCUUUGCAUAAGAAGUUCACUUUUCAAGUGAAUCAGUUAGGCCAGUUAUAAGCCAGCUAGGAUAGAAGAGAGUAGAUCAAAAGAUGAGAAAGAGAGAGAGAAAGAGAAAGAGCUGGAAGAGACGAAUGGUUCGAUAAUGGUGUCUCGCGCGUCGAACAGUGUACACAUUUCUGUAAAAGUGAUUUAAAGAUAUACAACGUAGAUAUAUCAACGACAAAAUUAUGUCGACACGAACAAAUACCCAAGCUGGAUUUCAACCGGAUUCAGACGUUUAUGUUACGUAUGAAGAUCAACAGAAAAUUAAUAAGUUUGCGAGACAAAAUGCUAAAAUGGAAGAUUUGAAGGAAGAGUUGAAAAUCAAGCAGAAUGAAUUAAAGAAUUUAGAAGAUGCUUGGGACGAAAUAAUUUUUCUAGAUGAUACUACAAAAAUACCAUAUUAUAUCGGUGAAGUUUUCAUUUAUGAAGACGUGGAAAGGACUCAGAAUUAUUUGGACGAACUUAAGGAGAAAAAGAAAACCGAAAUUUCCAGUUUAGAAAGUAAAUGCGCUGAUUUAAAAAACAUCAUGAGCGAAUUAAAAACGCAACUGUAUGCAAAGUUUGGUAGUCGCAUAAAUUUGGAAGCGGAAGAAGAUUGAUCUAGUCAAUUGUGCACAUAAAGCUUUUGUAAUUUAAAAUAAAAUUUUUAUAUUAUUAUCAAUA